AUGAUUGCCUUAGCAGGAACUAUCGGAACUGGUUUAUUCCUCAGCUCGGGCCAGGCUAUCGCAACUGCAGGUCCUCUGGGUGCUUUCCUUGCAUAUCUGGUUAUCGGGCUUGUCGUUUCAAGCGUCGUUUUCGGUGUAGGAGAGAUGGGUGCUUUGGCACCCCUCGACGGCGGAAUCAUUCGCUAUGCAGAGCUAUUCUGCGAUCCUGCAUUGGCAUUUGCGAACGGGUGGAACUUGGUAUACUCUUACAUCGUGUCCAUCCCUGCAGAGAUUGUGGCCGCCUCCGUUGUUAUCGAGUUCUGGUCCUCCACCAACAGCGCGAUUUGGAUCACCGUGUUGGCAGUCCCGAUGAUCAUUACCUCAUACGCAUACGUUCGAGUCUAUGGAGAAAUAGAGUUUUGGUUCUCAAUGUUGAAAAUCAUUCUUAUCGUCGGUGUCAACAUUAUGGCAUUGGUUAUUACAUGCGGUGGUGGCCCGAACCAUACUCCCAUCGGCUUCACCUACUGGAAAACUCCUUACGGGCCCUUUGUUCAAUAUCUGGGGAUUGGUGGUUCUCUGGGUCAGUUUCUUGGAUUCUGGAAGGCAUUAAACAAUGCUCUCUACUCCUACUCCGGGAUAGAAGUCAUCACUGUUGCCGCUGCAGAAACAAAAAGUCCGCGUCGCGCCAUUCCUAUGGCUGCUAAGCGCAUAUUUGUUCGGAUUGCACUUUUCUAUGUCUUGUCCAUUUUCAUGGUCGGCUUGAUCGUCCCAUCCACCGAUGAGCAGCUGCUCCAUUCCUCCGGAACUGCGUCUCAAUCUCCAUUCGUCAUUGCAGCUCAUAAUGCAGGUAUCAAGGUCAUACCGUCCAUCAUCAAUGCGGUCGUUUUGACCUCCGCCUGGUCGUCAGGGAAUUCCAAUAUGCUAAGCGGUUCCCGAAUCUUGUACGGAAUGGCUGUCGAAGGCCACGCUCCAGCAAUAUUCAUGCGACUCAGCCGAUUUGGCGUCCCAUAUGUUGCCGUUACCGUCUAUGCAGUUUUCAUGGGACUUGGAUACAUGACUCUCUCGAACUCGGCAAGCACAGUGUUUACUUGGCUACAAGACCUCGUCUCGAUAUCCACUCUUGUCAACUGGAUAACCAUAUGUGUUGUUUAUCUGCGAUUUAUCUACGGGUGCAAAGUACAGGGCAUUGAUCGCCACAAAGAACUCCCCUGGGCCGCCCCUCUUCAGCCAUAUACAACCUGGGCGUCUCUAGCUCUGUUCAUUAUUUUAUUCUUCACGGGUGGUUUCAGAACCUUCAUCCACGGCAAAUGGGAUUCUGAAAGCUUCGUCUCGUCUUAUCUGAAUUUGCCACUCAUUGUGAUUGUCUACUUCGGCUACAAGAUUUGGAAGAAGAGUAAAAUAAUUCCUCUGAGGGAUAUCCCAAUUCGUCCUUUCAUCCAAAAUUACGAAAACAAUCCUGAGCCGGAACCGAGACCCAAUCGUGGUCUCAAGAGGCUGAAUAUUUUGUGGAAUUGA